GUUCCGCUCAAAAGUUCUUUCAGCCUUCCCAAUUUUUUUUUUUUUUUUUUUUUUUUUUUCCCCCUAACCCUCCUCUCUCCUCGCCACAUUCCGGCUCAAGGGGCGACUCGGCAAAAUGAAAUAUAUUAUAGGCAUCGGAGGGGUCACCAAUGGUGGCAAAACCACCUUGACCAACAGGCUCGUCAAGGCGCUGCCCAACUGCUGCGUGGUCCAUCAGGACGAUUUCUUCAAGCCACAAGAUCAAAUAGAAGUCGGGGAAGACGGCUUUAAACAAUGGGAUGUGUUGGAUUCCUUGGAUAUGGAGGCAAUGGUGAGCACAGUGCGGGCCUGGAUUGAGAACCCAGUGAAGUUUGCCCGUUCGCACGGGGUGAAUGUCACACCUGGCUCUAGGGAGCCAACCUCCCAAGAUAUCCAUGUCUUGGUCAUUGAAGGCUUCCUGCUUUAUAAUUACAAACCUCUGAUGGAGCUGUUCGACCUUCGCUACUACCUGGCAGUGCCCUACGACGAGUGCAAGAGGAGGAGGAGUACACGGAAUUACACCGUCCCCGACCCCCCGGGCCUCUUCGACGGCCACGUGUGGCCCAUGUACCUCAAACACAGGAAGGAGAUGGAGGACUCCGGAGUGGAUGUGGUUUAUUUAGACGGCCUGAAGUCGAGGGACGAGCUCUACAACCAAGUCUUUGAAGAUAUUCACAACAAGCUCUUAAACUGCUCAUAGGGUCUGGGAAGAUCUGGAAGAUCCGUGUACAGCGCGAUGUAAAUAAUACUCGGGAGUGGGAACGGGGGGUUAUUUGUGUGAACUCCUCUCCCGCUGCCCUUUGGCAAGUCCCUUCUGUAUAUAAUUGAAAAUUGAGGAUAACUUAUUCCCACCACGCGGACAGGAUCGCCUCGGUGGGGUUUUUGUUGGGUUUUUUUUGUUUUGUUUUGUUUUUUGUAAUUAUUUUAUAUUGCACUGGCUUACAGAGAUGUUGGAAACGGCAUUUUUAUAGCAGAGCUGUGCUGAGAAAACGAGAGAGCUCCUGCUUGGAUGCCUCUGUAGACAGGAAGGCUUCGUGCAAGGCUUGUUUGUAACAUCAUCAGUUCAGUAAAAUUCCACUUCAGUCUC